AUGGGACCUGGGGCGGGGGACCGGGGCCACCUGCUACUGAUUGUGGCCACUGCCCUGAUGCUGUCCGCGAGGCCCCCAGGCUCCUGGGGAGCCCGGAUCAUCGGGGGCCGUGAGGCGACCCCCCAUUCCCGUCCCUACAUGGCAUCGGUAAGCUUCGAGGGCCAGCACCACUGCGGGGGCUUCCUGCUCCGCACCCGCUGGGUGGUCUCAGCCGCCCACUGCUUCAAUGACCGAGACCCCCGCAUGGGCCUGGUGGUGCUGGGGGCCCAUGCCCUGCGCACCCCAGAGCCCACCCAGCAGGUGUUCGGCAUCUCGGCUGUCAUCAGGCACCCCAACUAUCAGCCCACAACCCACGCCAAUGACAUCUGCCUGCUGCAGCUGAACAGCUCUGCUGCCCUGGGCCCCGCCGUGGGGCUGCUGGGGCUGCCAAGGAGAAACGCCAGGCCGCUCAGGCCCGGGGCGCGGUGCCAGGUGGCCGGCUGGGGCUCCGUGUCCAACUUUGAGGAGCUGCCGCCCGGGCUGAUGGAGGUUGAGGUGCGCGUGCUGGGCCUGGACGUCUGCAACAGCUCCUGGAAGGGCCAGCUGAGCCCCGCCAUGCUCUGCGCCCACAGCGGGGACCACCGGCGGCGAGGCUUCUGCUCAGCGGACUCUGGGGGGCCCCUGGUGUGCAGGAACCGGGCCCACGGCCUCGUCUCCUUCUCCGGCCUCUGGUGCGGGGACCCCAAGACCCCUGACGUGUACACGCAGGUGUCCGCCUUCGUGACCUGGAUCUGGGACGUAGUGCGGCAGGUGCCCAUCCAGCCCCGGGCCCAGGACCCCUGGGGUCCCCCAGCAGGAGCUGCCUGAACCCCGGCAGCUCAUGCUGGGUACACAAACGAGGUGGUGACUGAUGCCAACAGCUCCAGCCCUGUAAAAUCCUGUGGCUGGUGGCGCGGGGGGGCCACGGGGUCCCCAGACCCAUUAAGCCUGGGGUUGGAAGCGGGCAUCAGUGCCACACAAAAAGAGCCAAAAUAACCGAAUAAAAUGUUAACUAACCAGAUAUAACGGUUCACUUGUACUCCUGGAGCUUCGUCUUGGCCUCUGGGUGGCCGAGGGCCUGGCUGGGCCUCUCCUCAAACCCCCUUUCAUCCACCCACCCCACCUACCACAGCCCUCUCCCUGGCUGCUGCCUACUGCCCGGAGGUGGCUGCCCUGAGGACACGCA